AAGCUAGAGACUGACAAACGCGGGGGAGGGGGGCACCAGGACUGAGGGGAGCAGCGCGGUGUGUGGGGGGGUGGCCAGCUGGCUAGUGGACAAGACUCCUUUCUGAGGCCCAACGGUGCCUCUGCCCCCCUGGUGUCCAGCGAGGACUUGAAGAACCCAGAGUUUGUCAGCCAAGGCGGGUUCGGCGCGGUGUUCUGGGCACAGCGUAGGAUGUGGGACUAUGACGUGGCCGUCAAGAUCGUGAAUUCGUGAGUGUCCCCACUGCGGGACGCCGGGUCUGGCCGAGGGGGCGGAGCCGCUGAGCUACCCGCCUGAGUGGGGAAGGGAGAGGUCUUUCCGGGAAGCGGAUGGGCGGGCGGACGGAGCUCUUUCUUUAGGGAGGCGAUAUCCAGGGAGGUGAAAGCCAUGGCAAAUCUGCGUAACCUGUAUGUGUUGAGACUGCUAGGAGUGACCGAGAACCUGCAGUGGAACGGCGUGUCUGGGCCAGCUCUGGUGACGCAGUUCAUGGAGAACGGAUCCUUGUCGGGGCUGCUGCAGAGGGAUUGCCCUCGGCCCUGGCCUCUAGUCUGCCGCCUGCUGCAGGAAGUGGUGCUCGGGAUGAGUUAUCUGCACAAUCUGAACCCAGUGCUACUGCACCGGGACCUCAAGCCCUCCAAUGUCUUGCUGGACACAAACCUGCACGCUAAGUUGGCAGAUUUUGGCCUCUCCAUGUUUCAGGGCGGGUCACUGUCAGGAGCAGGGUACGGGUCCCAGGGGCCAGGGAGUACCCUGGCUUACUUGGCUCCAGAAUUGUUGGCUGAUAUAUUCAAGAAGGCCACCAAGGCCAGUGAUGUCUACAGCUUCCAGAUCCUCAUGUGGGCAGUGUUAGCAGGAAGAGAAACUGAGGUGGUGCCCCAGACAUCACUGAUCCAUGAAACAGUCGUUGAGAAGCAGAUCCGGCCCCCGUUGACUGAGCUGCCUCCGUGUCGCCCUGAGACUCCAGGCUUGGAAAAACUGGAGAAGCUGAUACAGUGCUGCUGGAGCCAUGAGCCCAAUGACAGACCCCGCUUCUUCCCAGGUGAGCUGUCAUUUCACUGGCAGCUGGAGUAGGCUUCAGUCUGUGAGCAGGGGGCUUUUCCCAAGAAAAGAUGUUCUGCUCACUGCAACCCAAUCUGCCGUCUCUCAGAAUUCCAGGAAACCACCACAAAAGCCUUUUGGGGGGUACAUGACAAAAUGGGUGACACCAUCUCUGAGGUGAGUGCCCAACCACUUCCCCCACACAGGAUCUGGUCAGGGAUAGCACACAUGGCUCCCUGGGCCGUCCACUGCCUCCCUACUGAGCACUGUUGUGUGUGCCUUGACCUUUAUCCUUGCCCUCCCCAACCCACUCCGAGCUACUAGGCACGUUUACUCUGGCUCUUCCAACUCAUGCCCCACAAGCUCCUCUUGUCUCUGUAGGUGACAAAAUUCCUGUCUGAGCACAGGAGCAUCAAUAGGAGGUUGUCUGCCCCAGAGCCAAGCCAAAGAGGGACCAAAAUGGAUGAGGGAGCCACUGGAAGGCAAUGUGCCUGGAUUGAUUCCAUGUUGUCUGAGAGUCUGAACUGCCUGAAGCUGGAGCAGUUCCCCAUCUCAGUUCCUGAAACAUGCACAGGCCUUACUGAGGAGAGGGGGGCACAGAAAGAGCAAAUUCAGCAUGCCAGGACAGGAAGGACCUCUUCAUAUUCAAUGGCUCAAACUCUCCAAACUCCAGAGACCUUACCUUUCUGAAACCAGACAAACAGGCCUAUUUUGACUGGAACUCCAAGUCCUGGACCCCAAGGCAAUCAGGGCCCUCGGUUACUAUAAACACCUGAAAGUGGCUGCAGAUUGGAAACAACAACCACAUGACAGUGCACCACACAAUUACUUUCACGAAGCAGGGCCCGAUACCGUUUGGCAUGAAUAGGAGGGGGCAGCACCCCCAUAAGUAGGUUUGAAAAAAGGCCUGCCGGAUCCUGAAGCCUGGAGUGGGCCACAUGGCCAGUAUAAAGUGAGAACUGAAACACCUCAGGCGGCCUGUAGGUGUUGAAACGGCCAGGGUCACUCCCUUUGGCCAUCAGCUUUCUUCCAGUGCAGUCCCUGCUAUGCCCCAACUGACUUUGUGAUCUGCCCCUGCCCCAAGAGUCAAUAAACAUGUUUGAACGUGGUUCCCCAAA